UAAUAAUUCAAUAAUCAGUUUAUAAUAUCAUUGUUUACAUAAAAUUUAUCGCGUUUAUUAUUAAUUUGCAUUUAAAAAAACAACUUAUUUUAUUUUUAUCCAUUACCGAAUUAUAUUGUAAUUUUUAUUUUAAAAUUUAAAACAUAUAUUGAAACAACGAAAGUAUAAAUUUUUAAUCUUGCUUCAAUUAAGAUUUGGUUGAAUUUUUAUAAUGGAUACUAAAGGUCAGUUACCAUUUGAAGAAAAAUGGCCCUCAAUGCGGCCAAUAAUAUUAAAAUUACUGAAACAAGAGCCAGUAACUCAAGGAGAAUGGCAGGAUUUAUUUUAUUCAAUUUAUACAGUUUGUCUUUGGGACGAAAAAGGCCCGCACAAAUUACGAGAUGCUUUAAAAGAAGAUAUUAUGGAUUUUAUAAAACAAGCGCAACAACGAGUUCUAGCACAUCAGGAAGAACAAGCGUUACUAAAAGCCUACAUCCAGGAAUGGAGAAAAUUUUUUACCCAGUGUAAUUAUUUACCUACACCUUUCCGUCAAUUAGAAUCCUCAUUGGCUGGUAAAACUAGCAGUGGUUCUGGUGUACAGAAAAAAAAUCAAUCUGAAGAAAGUCUGGUCAGAAAAAUGAUGUUAGACAGUUGGAAUCAAAGUAUAUUCAAUGACAUAAAACAGAGACUACAAGACUCGGCGAUGAAACUAGUGAGAGCUGAAAGAAAUGGCGAGGCAUUCGAUUCUCAAUUAGUGAUAGGAGUACGUGAAUCGUACGUUAAUCUCUGCUCUAAUCCUAAUGACAAGCUGCAAAUUUAUCGCGAGAAUUUUGAAGCCGCGUACAUCGAAACUACUGAGUCGUUUUACUGGGUGAAAGCACCGGAACAGUUGCACGCACACGGGGUUGAACACUAUAUGCGUUAUGCUGAGGCUAAAUUACGUGAAGAAGAGUUACGGGCGCAAAAAUAUUUAGAACCUAAUAGCUCAAGUGUACAAUUGUUGACAGAUUGCUGUGUUAAAGUACUCGUAGCGACUUUUAAAGCUGCUAUUUUAGGAGAAUGUCCGCGUAUGAUUCGCACUCAUCAAACAGAAAAGUUACGUUUGAUGUUGAAAUUAAUGGACAGAGUACCAGAUGGGGUCGGACCAAUGUUAAAAGACCUGGAAGAUCAUAUUUCUAGUGCAGGACUCGCGGAUAUGAUGGCUGCUGUCGAUGUAAUAACUCAGGACUCUGAAAAAUAUGUCGAGAGAUUGUUGGAGCAGUUUCGUAAAUUUUCAAAACUAGUUAAAGAAGCGUUCGAUGACGACCCACGUUUUCUGACAGCUAGAGAUAAAGCUUACAAACUCGUUGUAAACGACGCGACGGUAUUUAGACUUGAAUUGCCAUCAAAACAACCACCGGGAGCAAGUAAUGUCGUAAACACUAAACCUAGUAGUAAUAACAACGGGCUUCCGGAGUCAAAGUGCCCAGAAUUGCUGGCUAAUUACUGUGAUAUGUUACUUAGAAAAACUCCACAUAGUAAGAAACUAACGUCUGAUGAAAUUGAAAGUAAAUUACGUGAUGUGUUACUAGUGUUGAAGUACGUCCAAAAUAAAGACGUUUUCAUGCGUUAUCACAAAGCGCAUCUAACGCGCAGACUAAUUCUUGACACAUCCGCGGACUCGGAGAAAGAAGAAAAUAUGGUCGAGUGGUUGCGCGAAGUUGGAAUGCCGGCAGAUUAUGUUAACAAAUUAGCGAGGAUGUUCCAGGAUAUUAAAGUGUCUCAAGAUCUCAAUCAACAGUUUAAAGAGCAGUGCCGCGCAGCGAUUGCUGACAGCAUAAAUAUUAAAAUAUUGAACGCCGGUGCCUGGGCGCGAGGUAGCGAACGGGUCACUGUUAGCUUGCCAUUACAAUUAGAAGAUUAUAUACCCGAGGUCGAAGAGUUUUAUAAGAAAAAACACAAUGGGAGAAAACUUCAGUGGUACCAUCACAUGUCCAAUGGCACUUUGACAUUUUCAAAUGAAGUUGGGCGCUUCGAUGUUGACGUAACGACAUUUCAAAUGGCCGUCCUUUUUGCCUGGAACCAACGUCCACGUGAUAAAGUAUCUUAUGAAAAUCUUCAAUUAGCAACAGAGUUACCUGAUCCAGAAUUAAGACGUACUUUAUGGUCACUUUGUGCUUUUCCUAAACUUAAGAGACAAUUAGUGUUAGUUGAUCCACCGGCUUGUAGUCCGAAAGAUUUUUCUCAUAAUUCAAUAUUUUGGGUCAAUCAGGAGUUCGCUAUUAUAAAAAAUGGAAAACUUCAAAAAAGAGGAAGAAUUAAUUUAAUUGGAAGGCUACAAUUAUCUACAGAACGUAGUAAAGAAGAAGAUAAUCAAUGUAUUGUUCAACUUAGGAUAUUACGAGUUCAGGAAGCGAUUAUUAAAAUAUUAAAGAUGAGGAAAAAAAUAACAAACGCGCAGUUGCAAACGGAAUUAGUUGACAUAUUAAAAAAUAUGUUUUUGCCGAGUAAAAAAAUGAUUAAAGAACAAAUCGAAUGGCUCAUCGAGCAUAAAUAUAUUAAGAGACACGACGACGAUAUCAAUACCUUUGUGUAUAUGACGUAAAACAAUACAAUUUUUUUUUAUUUCUGUAUCUAAUUAUAUAUAUUUUUAUAAUAUUCAUAAAACAAUAAAAAGUCACGGCUAAGCCCGACGAGUAAUAAAAAAACUAUAGCAAUGAUUAGGUAAUAAUUUAAACGAUUCGUCUGUUGAAUGUCUGUAAAAAUAAUUAAAGCUAAAUGUAAUUUGCUUUACUAUUUUUUUUUACUCUGAAUUGAUUUUUUUCUUUCACUGAUCGAAUGUCUGAUCAUAUCACGCUAGAUUGCUCGACAAACAAAUUUGAACGAUCAAAUACUUUGAUCUGAGACGCCAGUUUCAGUUAAAUCUUAAUAUCAAUGAGCCACUAAGUGGCUGUAAAAAAAUAAAUUGUUGUAAAAACUUAAGAAUUGAAGUAGAUUAAUAAAUUUUUUUUUUAAAUUAACAAAACUAAUGAAAAAAAAAUGUAAACUUUUGAUAAAUUUAAGGAAUUAAAUUUAUCACCUCAGUACUCAGGCCUUCCAGUGUCGUCAGUUUUUAAAUAUAAAAUAAAAUCGACGGCCUACAUUAUUUAUAAAAGUGUAACAAUUUUGGAUAAAUAAAUAAAUAAAACAAAUUGUCAACAUUAAAA